UCCACUAUAAUGUCUCACAGCCUGCACUACCCUUUCUCUCCUGCAGGAGGCGCCAUAGAUCAACCAAGAGCAGAGUUGCAUUUUUUGUACGCCUGCCUCACACUGUCCUGCAGUUUCUGUCCUGCAGAAACACACUUACAGCGCGCUGAAGACUCAGACACGCACAUGCAAAAAAUGAAGUCCAUGUUUUUCUUCUUUUUCAUUAUUUGGUUUGCAGAUGCAGAGCUAAAACCCCGGAGAGGAUCUGGGGUGGUUUGUACUUUUAAAGACAAGACAUACAGUCCAGGAGACAGCUGGCAUCCCUAUCUGGAGCCCUUUGGAUUCAUGUUCUGCAUGCGCUGUGUCUGCACAGAGACAGGCCAUGUGAAAUGUAACACUAUCAAGUGUCCCGCUCUGCCUUGUGAAAACCCAGUUGCUGAGCCUCAGCAGUGCUGUCCAAGAUGCACAGAUGAGCCCAAGAUCCCUGCAGGGCUGAGAGCUUCAGUGAAAUCCUGCAGGUAUAAUGGAAGUGUUUAUCAGCCAGGGGAGACCUUCACUAAGCUGGACCUCUUCCCAUCCAAGCAAAGCAAUCAGUGUGUUAUGUGCACAUGCUCUAAUGGAAACAUCUUCUGCGCUCUGAAAACAUGCCAACCGAUCACCUGCUCCUCUCCAGUCUCAGUCCCAGAUACGUGCUGUUUGGUGUGUAAAGAUCAUGGCACCAGUGGGUCGUCAUCAGCUGAGGAUGGAAACCAGCAGCUGAACAGAGGCGUUAGGCAUUCAGUGGACCAGUGUUCUGGAGAGCAGAGCAGGGUGCGGUCCGACCGUGCCACUCCACCCAGGGUCAGGACUUCUCCCAGAGGCCUGAGCCUCAGUAAACUUAACCUCAAAGGGGCUUCGGAGACCACCGUGAAGAUUCUGUUGCAGAGGAAACACCAAAGAGCAUGUUUAUACAAUGGCAAGACGUACUCUCAUGGAGACAUGUGGCACCCAGUUUUGGGUAAGGUCCUGGAAUGCAUCCUGUGCACUUGUACCGAUGGCCUCCAGGACUGCAAACGCAUCACGUGUCCCAGCCAGUACCCAUGCCAACAUCCUAUGAAAUCAGCAGGAAAGUGCUGCAAGACUUGUCCAGAGGAUAAAACUGAAAAUAACCAGACCCAGUGCUAUCUUGGAUACAAAAAUAACCUCUUGGUGUAUAAAGUGGACUCGUCUUUGAGGGUCGAUCCACCCAACACAGUUCGGAUCAUCGCUGUUGAGAGACAAAGUACUUCUGAGGUGGAAGUGCAAGUAUGGAAGACUGUAGAAGGUGUUUUACAAUUAAUGGAAAUUGGCGACGUUCAAAGAAAAGAUAUUGUGGAUCAUCCAGAAAAUUACACUUUACUCACAACACUUGAUGAAGAGACGUGGAGAAAAUUUAAAGAGGAGGGAGAGAAGCUGAGUGCAGCUCCUCAGACUACAAUCUGUGAAGACGGCAUUCGGGAGAUGGUGACUUUCCUAAACCCCAAGCAGAUAGAAGAGCUGUGUUCACCAUGAUGGUGUUAACUCUCUCUUUAUAUCAACAUCUCCAAUCACUGCAUGGUUAACAGACAGUAAAUACUUUAUCCAUACAUGCAUCUGGAUGUUCUGCAUCAUUCCUGUAAUACAAGUGAUACAUUUGCCAUUUAUAAUACUGCUUAUUGAUUGUUUUCCAUCAUGUUUUUUAAUCAUCACAUUUUUUAAAAUGUAAAUUAUUAGGUUACGAAAUACUAUAGCUAUAGCAGCGUCAUGUCUUUCAUGACUUAAACAUUACAGAUAUGAAAAAUAAUCAGUAUUUUAGAAUAUGUUGGGUGAGGGGCCACCUUCUGUUCAGAAUGUUAAGGGUUUUUUAAGGAUGUUUUAUGAUCAACAGCAUAUUUAUUGUAAAUACAAACUGAGGUUUUGUCACCUUAUUUAAAGUGUAUCAGUACUUGUAUGAUUUCUGUGUACAUACAUUUGACUGUCUGAAUGUUGUUGUUUUUUUGCAUUAUGAAGAAAGAGGCGUUGAAGUUUAAUCCACCAGAAAAUACACAAGUGUGUGUUUAAUAGUGAGCAAACAGCCUUCUUAAUUCUGUCUGAUGUGAAAAUAAAGACGUUUUGUAGCU